UUUAGGAUCACUAGCUAUAAGAAUUAUCUUCUGUGGAACGAUUGGUUUCAAAGUAGCUUCUUCAAUGUAUAUGAACCAUCGUUAUGACAAACUAGACCCUGAAGUUCGUCCUUACGCAAUGAUGACCAGGACAGCCUAUAUGGAGUACAAUCCCAUGAAGAAUCGAGGAAAACUUCCAGAAAUAUAUGCACGCGUCGUUGGUCAAUACAUUGGCGAUAUAGUGUUUCUGCAAGACAUUAACGAAAACCAAAUCCAAGUAGCUGUCCGGAAAAAGAACAAUUCAGAGAUCUAUUUUACCAAUGGCUGGUCUCGAUUGAGAGAUUUUUACGGUAUCAAUGCGGGCGCUUGGAUUACUCUUUUAUUUAUCAGUCCUUUUGUUUUUUUUAUCAGAGUUCGGUACAUAACUGGUAUGGAGAUCACCUAUCCUUUCAAGACUCCUCCAUACAAACUGGUGUUGGAAAAACCUUUCCAAGAAGCAACUUCAAGUGGACAUAUUCCAUACUUUGUUCUCCCAAAAGUCUUUUCACAUAGACUUGAGAAGACCUUGACUGCUCCUGAUGUCGAAACUGGUACUUUGACACUCUAUUGGAGAGGAUUCUGCCAAAAUGCACUACCUAAUGAGGACACUCAGCUUAGGAUAAUUGAUUGGCUUGGUAAUACAUGGAACCACUGUGAUCUUAGGUUUGCCAACACUCCCUAUAUGAGCUGUAAAAUCUCAGGUGACUGGCGUGAUAUUUGCAAGGUGCAUAAUUUGGUUGAGGGUACGAUUAUCAAAUUCGGCGUCAUUGAGGCAUUCAACAAUAGUACUAUCUACUUUAAGCUGUCCCCUUAUCUCGGCGUUCGGACAACCCUUUAUGCUCAUUCAACGUCUACCGAACGGAAAACAUUCUACCAGAGCCAACACUACUAUAUGCUAUAGAAUUACUGCAAGUAGUGCUCUUUUAAAAACUCUUUUGGUGAUAACUAUAGGGCCAUCUAAUGCUAUCCUCUUCAAUUAGAUUUCUUGCAAUUUAACUUUCAAGCUCUUAUGUUUUUAUUUGGUUUGGGAUUUAUGUUGUAAUGUGUGAACCAAAC